GAUAUGAUUUACAUUCCUGCUCGGCUCAAUGCUGGUGAUGUUACCGUUAGGUACAUUCGGUGGUGGAAGCUUUCUUUUGCAAUGUUACAGUCUGAAGCUAAGAAAAUUUCCCACAAGCUUCUGGCUUCACCCCUGAGGCCGACCACAACAAACGUAACAUCUAGAGAAACAAAAACAAAGAAAGGGAGUCUUGGCCGUAGUAGCUCUUCGGGGAGCCUGAUAGGAUCAGAGAAAGGUGAUAAGCAACCUUUAAAAAACCCUGAAUGGGUCCAGAGAUCACCACCCGGGUGGAAAAAGAGUCCUGAUAGAAGCUCGAGCAGUGCACUAGGUGGUGCUAAGGAUCUCAAAGGAGUUCUCAAGGGCUUAGGGAGGACUAAGGGUCACGGCCAUGUCACGUUUCAGCUUCCUCCUGGUCCAUCACCCAAAAGGUCUCCUCCAUCCAAGACAAAUACUACUUUAGAAAAGCAAAACGAUUCUCCUGUCAAGAAGCCAAGAAUGAUACCUCGGGUAGCAGACUUAGCCAAAAGACCGACCUCGUCUUCUCAGGUUCCAAGAAAUACAUCAGUUGUUCCUCUUCCUCAUAGGCGAGAUAACUAUAUAAAGGACAACAGUUCCUCUAGUCGGCGAGCUUCAAAAGAACCAUACAAGGCGCCAUCUCUAUCAGGUUAUCCUUCAAAGAGGAAGAAGUCACCAAGAUCUGUUGAUAUUGUCAACUCGAUUGGUCAGAAAAGUUCCCUAACCCCGCAAGGUUCAAAAGAAUCUCCCAAGUCACCAUCUGUUUCUGGUUCUUCUUCUUUAACAAGGAAGAACUUACCAAGAUCUCAAGAACUGAACAAGUCAUCAUCUUCUUUUGGUUCUCUUUCUUUAUCGAGGAAGAAGUCAUCAAGAUCCUCAGAAGAUGUCAGCUUGUGUGGCAACUCAUCAUUUGGAGGCAGUUCCGUGGUCAAGAGAAAUACUGACACAAGCAACAUAACUUCCAAACGAGAAUCACCGAGAAAAGCUCAGGAACUCAAGGCUACUAAUAUGAAGUGUUUGGAGGAGAUUGUGACUCUGCGGGAACACGUUGGUGAAGAAGGGGAAAUGGGUUCUUUCAAAGGCCAUGCUUUGCCAGGCACAUUGUUCUUCUUGGUUGGAGUAUGGCACAUUUGGAGCUCUGUGGUUCGAUUCGUAUCCAACCCCAAGUCAUUUCGGGUUCGAGUUUGGCACCCUGUCCCUGGUUUCAACGACAGGUUAAAGUACUUGGAGCUUUACGUUGUCACCGUUGGCUCAUUCAUUGACUUAUGCAUCGAGUUCCUCUACUCAACUCAUCUCAACUUCUUUGUCAAUGGUGUCCUGAAUCCUUCCCACAUGAACGAUUUCGAGCACUCUGGGAUGCUUCUCAUGUUCUUCAUCCUCGGCUUUAUCACUUUGCUCUCCGACAAAACCAGGUUGCUUCCUCUGCCACAAGAAGCUCUCUGUCUAAUCGCUGCAACAGCUUUUACAGCAGAAGGUCUUCUCUUCUUCUUUCACUCCACAAGCCACAAAGGUCUUGAAGGUUAUUACCAUCUCCUUCUCGUAUUUCUCGUCGGUCUCUGCGUCAUCUCCUCAAUCGCAGGAGCAAUCUGCCCUACAAGCUUCCCAGUAGAUCUAUGCAAUGGCAUUGCAAUGACUCUUCAAGGCCUCUGGUUUUAUCAAACAGCUUUCACUCUCUAUGGCCCUCUGAUGCCUCAAGGCUGCGGCUUAAAAGGAAACUCUGUCGUUUGUAGAUCACUAGACUCCGUAGUCUCUGGAGAGUUUCUGGCUAAUUUUCAGCUCUUCUCUUUGGUUCUUGGUGUUCUUGUCUGCGUUGUGGGUUCAUAUGUUUUUGCAGUUUCAACGUUUGGUUUGGUGUAA